AUGUCUGGCAUCAAGCCCACUGCAUAUAUAAAAAAUAAAGCGCGUGUGGUCAUUGACAACGUUCAGCCGAAUCGACAGCCUCUUUCGACGGAUCACAACCGUGACGAGAAUCAAGUUAACCGGAUUGCGGUCACUGGAGAUUCUACCACAGCUGAUUCCUCAACCGAUCGGAGUGCGACUCGACGUCUUAGACGAAUUCAACCAGGUCUGGGUCUGCUUCGCGCGCCUUCCAAAGAAGACACUGCCAACACAAGAUCAUGCGAUGGUCAUGUAGUGCCAGUGAUGUCCAAUCCAGAUUCGAGUUCUUCAACUCCGCUUGCCAUUGCUAGUGUCCUUCAUCCUUCAAGGGGCGUAUCAGCGGUGUUACCUAAUAGCUCGCGACCGACAAUGCCUGUCAAAACACUUCAUCUGAGGAAACCGCCUUGCGAUGCACUUCUUCCAGAUACUGGAUCGGAAUUGUCCAGUAUGGAUAACUUUUGGGCAAGGGCGCCAAAACCAGUCCUGCAGCCUCUUGUCGCGCUUCCUACUCAGACCUCCUCCGGUCACUUCAAAGAGCGGCUCGAGCAUGGUCCCACUAGAGAACUAUUCCGCUCGAGAAAUUUUGCGGAAAGUAUACAAAAGCCAACUGCGCCGGUACAGCAUGGUACGAUAGAAAGCACAAGACCGCAAGAUAUUGAACAACGUUUGGACUCAUCGGUAGGUCGAGCGGCGGACGAGCCCUCACCGACUAAUGAUCCCGCGAGUGACGAUAAAUCGUAUGAUUCCGACAACUCAUCCGACAAAACACCUAACGCGCGCCUUAGCUCACGACAAGCACCGCAUUGGAUGGAUGAAAGUGAAAUAACAGAAAGCGGCCGGACCUACUCGAAUGCGGCCAUCCAAGAUGAACAACCUGGCUGUACUUCUCCAACGGUUGACUCAUCCAGUAUACCCCCGUUUCAAGCCCCAAUCAACCGAAAACCUGAAAGUCAAAUGAUGAGGAAGGAUGAUUCUUGCCUUCCAUAUUCACUUUCAGUCACACGGACGGUCCAGGGCGGUCUCAAACGGCAGGCCAUGGAAAAUCAUUCGCAAGCCGUCGCAAAAGAACGUCGAACCAGGGUCUCAAGCAAGGUUGAACUGCUUCCCCCAAAACUACUGCGCGAGCGGACAUCUUCGCCAUACACCAAGCAUAUGCAACGCUCGAUCAUCUCUAGACCUAGUUCGGCCCAUAGUUCUCGAGAAGAUACGUCGUCGAGCAGAGGCCCUGAUACCAAACAUAAACUCGACAUCUUGAUAGGUGAUACAACAAGGCUGAGGGAUGAACUGGACCAGACGGACAAAGAGAACCACCGUAUCCGCGAGAAAUGCUCCCAAAAGACACUCGAGUUGGAGAAAUAUAAGAGAGAUGUCAAGAACAUAGUCACCAACAUAAAAUCGAAGCAAAAUAAAUUGUCUACCCAAUAUUCCGAAAUCCAGUCCAAUGUUACUGGGUUCAUAGACUCCAGCCGUGAAAAAUUGGCGAGUUCAAGAGAAGAUAUCGGAUCUAUCAGGAAAGAAUGCAGCGAUUUGAUGAAAAGCAAGUCCUCUUCCACUUAUCCUGAAGGGCCUGUUAACUCGUCAUCUUAUGUGUACUUUUAA